UAUAUAUAUAUAUUUCAAGAUUAAAGCAAGGGAAGAGCGAGUGACAAAAGUUGCCCAGAAAAAGAAACAAUCAGAAUAACCAGCUAAUAAUAUAAGCAAAUGAGCAUAACUCUACCAAUGAAGCUGUUGUUGCCUUCAACAACCCCUACCGGAUUCCCAUAUUCUUAUUGCUCUUCUUUUUUCUCUUCCGCAAACCCUAAUUUUAGUUUCUCCUCUUCUUCCCAUCACUUGUGUACCUUCCGAAGAAACCCGCAUUUUCUCUCCAAGAAAAAGUGGCCUUGUGGACAUAGUAGAACAGAGCAAGAGGGUGAUGGCUAUAGAUAUGACGAGGAGAAUGUGGUUUGCUUAUAUGGUUCUGAUGAAGAUACUUGGACGCAAAUUCCAACACAAGCCCAAUCUCUUGUAGAGGGAUCAGGGGCAGUUAUGGUUUCGGAGAUGAAACCAGCUCCUGAUGUAGAUUAUUUGCAGGAGUUAUUGGCAAUUCAGCAGCAAGGGCCUAGAGCUAUUGGUUUUUUUGGAACACGGAAUAUGGGAUUCAUGCACCAAGAGUUUAUUGAGAUUCUUAGCUAUGCAUUAGUUAUAACUAAAAACCAUAUUUAUACAUCAGGUGCAUCAGGUACUAAUGCAGCUGUCAUCAGAGGUGCUUUAAGAGCAGAGAAACCAGAGUUGCUUACAGUAAUUUUGCCACAGAGCUUGAAGAAACAACCGCCUGAGAGCCAGGAACUGUUGGAAAAGGUCAAAACUGUGAUAGAGAAGCCUUAUAAUGAUCAUCUACCUCUGCUUGAAGCCAGCAGGCUGUGUAAUAGGGACAUCAUUUCUCAUGUACAGCAAGUCAUUUGCUUUGCCUUCCAUGAUAGCAAAUUGCUGAUGGAAACAUGCCAAGAAGCGAAGAAUCUCCGGAAAAUCGUGACUCUCUUUUACCUGGACUGAAUCAAUGCCCCUUCAAAUGUCUAUAUAAAUUGUUUGGAGACAGACCUAGAGAGCUUUUUCCUGUAAAUUUUACAAACUGGUUAGCCAUUUUCCGGUCUGUAGCAUCAACGAUGAGAACGGGGGCUCUUUUGCAGCUCC